CGCCCUCACAGCAGUACAGUGGGGGACACGGAAUCUUCAAAGUUUGUUAAGACUAAAUUAUCAUUUCAAUCAUUACGGCUUGCCGAAGAGGAAAAGGCGGAGGCGCUUCUUUAUUACUUGAUCUUCAUAUCACAAUCAUUUCCUUUAUUGCUGGCAUAAAGGCUUCUUCAACAACCUUUUCAGAACUUAUUUAUAGUCCAUUCCCUCGAAGAAUAUCUCUCAAGAAAGGACGUCAACUCUUCAACCAACCGCGGCCAAUUCAUGCUGCACUCUGUGAACAGCUGUGCCUGAACCCGCGUCAUAGGUUAUCAUCAUGGGUGUCAAAGGUGGGGGAAGAAUAGAUGUAGCAGCCGCUGGGGCUGUAAGUCCGAUGGAUUAUAUUCAUGUUGAAUCAGCAAGACCAACAUCUGCCAGUAAUUUUGAUUCAUCCGAUCAUCGAGUAAGCAAACGUCCCACAAAAGCCAAACAUACAAGUACGCCAUCUACACUGCCUUCCUUAUCAACCGGCAUUCCCACAGAUUUGCAUUUAGCACUGCUUCUGAAUAAAACUGUCUUAUCUUCCGCUGCCAUCUUAGCACGACAGUGGCUCUUGACAGGUCAUUCAGAAGCACUUCAUAAAGCACACCAGCAUACGCAUAUAUUUAAUGAAUCUGCCAACAAUUCAGCAAAUGCAUCAGGAUCCAACUUUUCAUCACUCAUCCAAGCAAGUAGGAUCGCAUCACCAUGGGCUAUUGCAACGGUCAUAUUCUUUCUUGCAGCUGUUGGACAAACGGUCUGGUUGCAAGUUUGGACAUGGAUACCAUCCCUACGUCGCUCGGACCCGCAAAUGAGUGUCAUGCCACGCAAGAUACUUGUCUUAGGAUCGAUCAUGUUCACAAGCACACUUAUAUGGCUGAUGGCACUAGAAAGGCUAGGUGCAACUACAGUAAUCAUCUUUACACAAUUUUGCGAGAUUUGGAUGGCUGAUCUGGUCAGAUCAUUCAAGAUACGAUCCCAUGGUGGUUACUUCGUCGUUGGUGCUUUGGUGUGCUCAUUCGUGCUGCAAGUCGUCUUCCCACCUUCAGCGAGUGCUCCCGUUUCAGAAGCAUCUUUUCCUUACGAUGAUGCGGACAAUCCACUACCCCCAUCCCUACGUCAUACCAGACCUAUGCAUCUAGCAAGUCCGUCCAAAUUACGAGAGAACAGUCUUCGCGCCGAAUUGGAAGCAAGGUCUUACUCUCCUUCUGGCUUACUAUUUGGACAUUUGUUGCUACUCGCAUAUGCUAUAUUGACUAUGGAGCGUGAACGUGCGACGAGGGAUGCUAGUACGCAAACAGGAGGAAGGAGACGAGCACAAGUCCUUGCAUGCAUUGCAAUCGCCAUUCCAGUCUUCUUCUUGUCAUCUUUUGGCUCUCUAGUGGGCUUUUCAACAUUACCACCACUCAAUUCCCUCAUCCCAUCUUUUGGGGACGCUAGUGCUUCGUCUUCCGGUCAUUCUGCAGCGUACCUUUUGCUGGCAAUUGGUUUCCUGAUUUUAGAACCACUGGUUGGUGCUGCAUUAGAACCUCACGCAAGUACGACUGCUAGAGUUACGCAAGGCUGGCCUCUAGCUGUAGGUGCAGCUAUGAUAGUUGGAAAGCUGGGUUUCGGUUUCGGGUGGAAAUGGAUCGAAACUUUGGUUGCUCUGAUUGCUGCUAUCGGAAUACGAUCUAUCUUGAAGACCUCACCUUUGUAUGCCAAUGAAGAGCAAGACAAUACUUCUUCUACGGGUGAUCGAACAGUGUCGGCCAACUUUGACGGUACUGCAAGGACGCAUAAACGGAAAUCAUCCGAGCCAUCAAUCGAUGAUGCAAUGAGAAAUUUAAAGAUCUUUGCGAGUGCGGCGCAAGAUACGGUAGCCACAAUUUGGGCUAAAGAAGAUUCCCGGAAGAUCUUUCAGUUUCUUGUUUUGAAUUUGCUGUUCAUGGUAGUUCAGCUUAUUUGGGGGGUUUGGACAAAUAGUCUGGGGUUGAUCAGCGAUGCGAUCCAUAUGUUCUUUGACUGCUUGGCCAUCGGUAUGGGUCUGCUAGCAAGCGUGAUGCAAAAUUGGAAGAAUGAUCGGGUGUUUACGUACGGAUAUGGUCGUAUAGAAACAUUGAGCGGCUUUGCAAAUGGAAUCUUCCUAUUACUGAUCAGUACAUUCAUCGUCUUUGAAGGUGUAGAUCGAAUCAUUCAUCCCCCAGAGAUGCACAACACUCGUCAAUUGCUCAUUGUAAGCUCGGGUGGUCUUGCCGUCAACCUUUUCGGAAUGUUUGCAAUGGGCGGUCAUCAUCAUCACGGACAUUCGCAUGGACACGGACACGACCAUGGGCAUGGUCAUGACCACGGACACGGCGGGCACGAUCAUCAUCAUCAUUCGCACAAUAUGCUCGGUAUUUAUCUUCACGUGAUGGCGGAUACAUUGGGAAGUGUAGGUGUGAUUAUCAGCACAUUGUUGAUUCAGUACUUCGGCUGGACAGGAUUCGAUCCGAUUGCAUCGUUGAUGAUCGCAAUUCUUAUCGUGGGAAGUGUCAUCCCGCUGGUGAUUGAUGCUGGUCGGAUAUUGUGCUUGGAUCUUGGCUCAGAACGAGAGCAAGAGGUAGAAGAUGCAUUGCAAGAUUUACACACAUUGAAGGGCUUAGCCUCUUUCUCUGCCGCACACUUUUGGCCAAAAGAUGCCGAAUCAGUCGUUGGAACGAUUCGUGUUCAGAUGCAAAUGAUUGCUACCAGUACUGACUCAACGCCAGGAUCAACGGUUUCAACGUCAUCCAACGGAACAUCCUUAACGUUCAACCACAACAUCUCGAAGGAUACUUCGUUGACCUCACUAUCCAGUCAUUCGGGGGAGAAUAGUCCCACUUCAGCUUUACCUGCAGGAGACAUAAGUGGUGCAGCACCUCAACUAAUCACUCCGUCCAAUUCCUUAUCAGCUUUGAAUGGCACUCAUGAAAGUCCUUUGGCGCAGAACAAUAUUCCAACAACGCCUGCGAUAUCACCAGAAGAACUGAUGUGUCAAGUUGAAGCUAUGCUGAAAAAGCGAAUUUUUGGAUUGGACUUUGUUCUGGUGCAAUGUGAAAGAAGCAAUGUCAUCGUCAAUUGUGCAACUGCCAAUCGAACAAAAAAAGCUGACGAUCAUCACCACCAUUCCCAUGAUCAUAAGCAUGGACAUGAUCAUCACGACCAUCAUCACCACCAUUAAGUCGUAUUUCGAGAUAUUUCUUAUCUAACGCAUUGUAUUAUCAAUUCAUUCAUUAGAGCUAUGUGCUGUGUG